GUUCUGCUCAUGAGAUUUGGCCUAUGUAGUCGCUUUCGAUUGCAGCACUGGUGCGUAGGAUUCAUCCUGGGACUGGCGGCAUCAAAUCCGACCUGCCUUCCAGAUGCUAUCCCCCCAGAGCAGCGCCAGUGGAUGAAGGACAAUGAUGGCCAAGAUCUUCCAGUAGGCCUCUUUAUUUGCGCCUGGGACUCCUCCCACCUCUUUACGCGAAUGGCCUUGAUCCUGCUCCAAGAGGUCAUGGGAUAUCAUGCUGAAGAGCACCCAGUGGUGGGUGAUUCUUCCUCCAACUCCAUUUAUGCCCUUGGGGGCUGUCGAGACUUUAAUGGAUUGGGCUCCGAGACAGAGAGAGGUUGCGACCAGCAAGAGACGAGGAUUCACAUUAUGGUUGAUUCCUGGAUCUACUCCUAUGCCAGUGUCCUGAAGGCUUUGACGACGCGUUACCCUCACCUUGCGCCGGUGGAUUUGGGGAGCAUGGGCUUUGAUGGCCAGGAGUCGAUCUUUGUGAGCAAAAGAGAUCGCGAUGAGGCGUCGGAUAGAGAAGGUCUAUCCUUGGUCUUCUACGAGAGCUACAACACGACACAUCACGAUCCCAAACGGUAUUUUGAUGAGAUUUCUCUCAUCAAUCGUUCUUCUCUGAAGCCUUGCAAUCAAACCAAUUUGCUUGAUCUGGCCUUCAUGGCCAACUAUCUCCAUUGGACGGGUGACAGGGAAGGAUUACUGGCUGUAAAUGGUGGACACAUCGGACGUUGUGACGAUGGCUUCUGGUGGUUGGCACCCAGUUGUCGGAGCGCCUCAUCCACAUGUAUUCCUGUCAUUACUGCAGGGUCUGGUUGGAAGCUACAAUCCAUCAUGCAGUGGUGCACAGAAUAUGGCAUGCCUUGUGCGGUUGGUGUGGCUAGAGACAGCUCAGAAUGGGUCCAGAUUGGCAGCGACGUGAAGUCCAUUUUCUACUGGUGGAUUCCCGAAUCGGGUUUCGUGCAUUUGAAGCCCAGUCCUAUCAUUUUCCCUGAGUACAAUGCCUUCGAGUGGGCUCAGGGAAAUGAGAGAACUGCCAUCAGUAAGGCUUAUGUGAACAAGGCCGCCAGCAGCAACUUGAAGCUGAAGGCUCCCAUGGUGGAAGAAUUUGUGGCGCGAAUGUCCUUCAACUUAGAUGAGACCCAGGAGCUUCUCUUGGCCACUCGAUCCAGCUCCUUCCAGGAGGUGGCCUGCGACUGGAUUAAGGAGAACCGCCAGCGUUGGAUGGCCUGGAUACCGGUGAGUUCCAACUGCUUUUUGGGUUUCGGGAUGGUGGACAGUACCGGUACCUUCUUGACUUCGCGCUCCACUGCGACCGACUGUGAAGUCUGUCCACCAGGCAGAUUCUCAGAAGCUUUCCUGGACGCAGAUGGUGCAACCUACCUUUGUGUGCCCUGUGCGCCCGGCUACUACCAAGGCUCUAGCGCCACUGAAGCCUGUGACCCAUGCCCUGCAGGCACCUACAACUUGCAAUGGGGCAAGCAGAGGUGUGAUCCAUGUGGAGUUGGAACAUAUCAGGAUGCGAAAGGAAUGAUCAGUUGCAUUCCGUGCAACGAGAGAACAACGCUUUUCCAGGGCGGCACAUCAGAAGACGACUGCGUGUGCAAACAGGGGCUCAUCGAAGACACUGGGCUUUGCCUCAGCUGCAGCACCGGACUCCAAUGUCCGAAAGGGAGCACUGUGGCACUCUUGCUUGGGCAGGAGAAUGUCACCGAAGGUCAGGACCCACCGGUCUUGCAGCCGAGCUUCAAUAGUGCUCCGGAGCGACCCUUGAAGGUGUAUCGAUGCCAAGAGUCUUGCCCUGGUGGACGCCCUGGCACAUGUAUGAAUGGCCGUGUGGGAUGGACCUGCUCGGAAUGUCCUGUUGGGACCUUCGCCCGGUCGAAUGAAGAGCCAUGUGUCCAAUGCUCCGAGAAUCAAGCUGCGAUCGCAGCUGCCAUCAGUUGCGGUGCCCUGUUUGUCGCCCCCGUGGUCUUUCUCAGCUACUACCCCAUGCAGCACGCCUAUGUGGCAAAGGGCUUCCCGGCCAGCGUGAUAGCUUCCAUGACUGGAGAAGUGCUGAACUAUUUGCAGGAGCUGUCGGUGAUCACGCAAGCGCCCACGGCAUGGCCCGCCCUGAUGACCGAGACGGCGAGUUCGGUGAAGAUCUUCACGCUGAAUCUGGAGACACUUGGUGUGGGCUGUUUUGCAACGAGCACAGGACAACGCUACUUUUGGCAUGCCGCGACCUUCCCCCUUGUGAUCAUAGUCAUUGUGGUGAUGUCUCUCUUCAGCCGGCUCUUUGGGGAGAGGACUUUUUGGGACUACCAGUUGCGAUGGACCUGGCAUGGUACCUGUGCAAUGGUGGGCAUGUUUUGCCAGACGACCUUCGUGACCAUGGCCAACGUGGGCUUCUCUCCGCUCAUGUGCUAUGCCCACCCCGACGGUGAAGAGAGUGUCCUGCAGUUCAGCGGGAUCUUCUGCUGGACCAGCGAGCAUGCGGCGAUGGUGGUUGAGGGCAUGGUGUCGCUGACUUUGAGCAUGUCCUUCUUGGUGCUGUGCUUUUGGGCGGCCUACAAGGCACCCAGCUGGUCCUUGGAAAAACAAGCGGCAGCCAAGUUCCUCUUUGUCGACUUCCGGCCGGACCAUUGGUGGUAUGGUGGCCUCUUACUCUUUCGAGACCUCCUUCUCUCGCUCCCCUCCGUGAUCGCGCCCAACUCGGCCCACGUGCAGCUGGUCUUGCUGCAUGCCUUGAUUCUGAUCUCAGCCGUGAUGCAAGCCUAUUUCCAGCCGCGGAAGACCCCUGCAAUGAAUCUGGUGGUGACGGUGGUGAAUUGCAUUUUGGUGACCUUGCUGGGCAUUGGCUUGGGUAGCAUUCAGAAGGACGCUGAGGCGACUCCCUUUCUGGAGGUUCUGGGUGCAAUCGUGUGCAUCGUGUUCUUUGUCAUCUGUGGCAGUGUGUUCUUGGUGUUCUUUGCCGCGAUCAUUCUUGAGAAGCUAGGCUACCCAGCACUGGGAAAGCGCUGCAGCAACCUGGGCAACAUGCCUGAGUCCAGGACCUUGCUGCUGCUCUUGCGGAUUCUGUCCAAAGGCUGGGAGAAGUGCAAGACGGAGCAGGAAUUCUUGAUCGAGCGACUGGAGCAGCUUGGGAGCUAUGAUGUCCGCAUGCUGUUGAAAUCGCUGGUGAUUCUGGAGGCAGAGUUGGGAAUCAUGGCGCCGGCCCAAUCGAAGCGCAGUUCAACGCCGUCGGCCGUCUCCAUUCAAAGCGUCUUUUCGACGGUCUCUGAACUCACGGGGAGUGGCCGGAUCAAGACCAAAGCUGCACAGAAUAUCGCCAGCAUGAACAGCGCACUUGGGAUGAGACAAGACACCGCGAGGAUUGCCACGGAGCUCCGAAAAUCCAACUCCGCGUUGCACUUUGAUGAUGAUGAUGAGCCACUGACCAGGAAGGAAGAUGGACAAGACGCAGAAGUGGAAGUGGAUGGAAACGAUUUGGAAGCCAAUCCAGGUUGCACAACACGCGUGUCAACAUCAAGUACUUUCAACCUUGAUGCGGCCGACGAUGAUAGGUGCAGCAUUGCUUUGGAAGAGCAACAGGAUGUGAGGACCCUGGUCAUGAACCAGCUCUAG